AUCGUAUUGCUUUUAAUGGUGGCGUCCACCUCUCAGGCUGAGGAAGCGGUGUGCAGGCGAAGAGCAGAUCCAGAGACCCCGCAACUAUCUAAGAAUGGGGACAUUAUGUUAGGGGGAGUCUUUUCUUUACACAGCAAAUGGCAAGGCAGAAUGGAUACCUACAUGCAGAAACCACUGCCACUGCAAUGCACCAGUUUCAAUUUAAGAGGGAUCCAGUAUAUCCAGGCUAUGCUCUUAGCCAUAGAAGAGAUUAAUAACAGCACUGAUCUAUUGCCUGGCAUCUCUCUGGGAUAUAAGAUCUAUGAUAUAUGUGGCUCCAUUUCAAGAGGGGUGGGGGUCACACUGGCCUUGACUAAUGGUAAUGAAGAGAUAUCUUCAGCCUCUGAUGGAGCAUGUGCCAGACCUGGCCAAGUGCAGGCCAUUGUGGGUGUAGGUCAUUCCACUCCUUCCAUGGCUAUCUCGACUGUUAUUGGACCUUUUCAUAUCCCACUGAUCAGCCACUUCGCUACGUGUGCUUGUCUCAGUGAUAAAACCAAGUACCCAUCAUUCCUCAGAACAAUACCCAGUGACUACUACCAGAGCAGAGCCCUGGCCCAGUUGGUUAAGUACUUUGGUUGGACUUGGGUUGGAGCUAUUAGAUCAAACGAUGAUUAUGGUAAUGAUGGCAUGGCCAUAUUUACAGAAACUGCCCAGCAGCUGGGUAUCUGUCUGGAGUACUCUGUAUCUUUCUAUCGAACAGAUCCACCAGACAAAAUAAAAAAGAUAGUUAACAUUAUUAAAACUUCUACCUCCAAGGUCAUUGUCACUUUCCUCGCUCACAUGGAUAUAGACUUGCUAAUACAUGAGCUGUCUCGCCACAAUUUGACUGGGUAUCAGUGGGUAGGCACUGAGGCCUGGAUCUUUGAUUCCCAAACUGCAUCCAUGGAUAAGCAUCACAUUCUGGAUGGUGCAAUAGGCCUGUCUAUCCCCAAAGCACAUGUCAGUGGCAUGAGAGAGUUCAUUUUGAAUGUGAAGCCACUCAAUUCAACUAGAAAUGAAUUGUUUACAGAUUUCUGGGAGACAUUGUUUGACUGUAAGUUCAAACACUCAAAGUCAUCAUCAGAGAAUCAAAAAGAAUGUACUGGACAUGAAGUUGUGACUGGAGUGGAAAACACAUAUACUGAUAUGUCACUCAUGCCAAUCUUUUACAAUGUUUAUAAAGGAGUGUAUACUGUGGCCCAUGCACUUCAUAAUAUUCUCAGCUGUAAUAGAACAUGUAACAAUAUGGUGAAGCUAGAUCCUUUCACGAUUUUACAGCACAUAAGAAAGAUUCGGUUCACAACAAAGGAAGGAGAUGAAGUUUAUUUUAACGAGAAUGGAGACCCAGCAGCAAAAUAUGAAAUUAUAAACUGGCAGCCAACAGAAAAUGGUAUUGUAGACUUUGUCACAGUUGGUCUUUAUGAUGCAUCUUUAUCUGCAGACAAACAACUUAAACUGCAAAAUAAGUCUUUAAUUUGGGCUCAGAACUCACAACAGGUGCCUCUGUCAGUUUGCAGUGACAAAUGUCCUCCUGGGACUCGAAAGGUUCUGCAGAAAGGAAAGCCUGUCUGCUGCUAUGACUGUUUAAGAUGUACAGAAGGACAAAUCAGCAACACCACAGAUUCGAUCACUUGUGUGAUAUGCCAUCCUGAGUUCUGGUCCAAUGAGGAAAGAGAUGCCUGUGUAAAGAAGGAGGCAGAGUUUCUGUCAUAUGAAGAGAUUAUGGGAGCACUGCUCACUGCAGCUUCUCUCUUUGGAACAUGCAUGACUGCUGUUGUGGCGUUCAUUUUCUUCAGAUACAGACAGACUCCUAUUGUCAGGGCCAACAACUCUGAGCUGAGCUUCCUGCUGCUCUUCUCCUUGAUUCUGUGUUUCCUGUGUUCUCUGACCUUCAUGGGCCGGCCCUCUGAGUGGUCCUGCAUGCUGCGACACACAGUAUUUGGCAUCACCUUUGUCCUCUGUAUCUCUUGUGUUCUGGGGAAAACAAUAGUGGUGUUAAUGGCCUUCAGGGCCACACUCCCAGGUAGUGAUGUGAUGAAAUGGUUUGGGCCUGCACAGCAGAAACUCAGUGUUCUGGGUUUCACUCUUAUACAAGUUAUCAUAUGUAUCCUCUGGUUAACAAUAUCACCUCCCUUUCCCUUUAAGAAUUUUAAGAAGUUCAAGGACAAAAUCAUCUUAGAGUGUGCUCUGGGCUCAGCUGUAGGCUUUUGGGCUGUACUUGGGUACAUAGGACUUCUGGCCAUCUUAUGUUUCGUUCUUGCUUUUCUGGCUCGGAAACUGCCUGAUAAUUUCAAUGAAGCCAAAUUCAUCACCUUUAGCAUGUUGAUAUUCUGUGCAGUAUGGAUCACUUUUAUCCCAGCAUAUGUCAGCUCUCCUGGGAAGUUCAGUGUUGCUGUGGAGAUAUUUGCUAUUCUGGCUUCAAGUUUUGGACUGCUCAUUUGUAUUUUUAUUCCAAAAUGUUAUAUUAUCCUACUGAAACCAGAGAAGAAUACAAAAAAGAAUAUGAUGGAGAAGGGGGCACCAAAAUCUUCAUGA